AGGGUCAGAUCUGAGUUCAUGUUGAAUCUAAUAUUCUCGUCAUCAUUCUUCCUGCACGCAAGAUCUGACACAAAAUUUGAUACACAUUUCAAUCAGUCCCAUUAUCAAUCAGCAAGUAUUCUGAUCACUAGAAUCCAGUAUGAAAGACCCGGUAAAACAGACCAUCUACCGAAACUGAAAGAGAUGGCCCACCUCAUGAGCAACAUCUUGGAGUACAUCGAGUUGAGCCUCCGAUUCCACCCCAAUCGUUGUACAACCAACCCGCAUUGGAUACACACGCGUCACACUGUAUGCAGAGGAACCGGACCCUCGGUCCUCCCCGUUUGCCCCGGAGGCUUGAAUAACAGUUGGGAGGUAGAAAAUUCGACCAGCGCAGUCGGGCUCGUUGACAAUCCAGCGGCAAGAGAACAGUCAGCUUAGCAGUGCAAUUUCCAAUAUCCAUGUACUCCACGGUACGGUGUACUUCAAGACGCAUGGAAAGACCCACACUCGAGGAAUCGAAUCAAUUGACACAUAAUAUGGGCUGACCUGGUUCGGCGGAUGUUGAUUGGCGGUGUGACUAUGUACCCACUUUGCUCAACGGCGAGACUGUUCGACGAACCUAAUA